AUGUCUCCCAGCCAAGUGAAGAGCAGUGCGCGUGUGGUGGUAAAGAGCACCCUCGCCAUGGCCACCCUCUUCAGGUCACGCGUUCAGGAAGACGAUGAUUUGAGGACCAUCAGUCCCCUUGCUGCGUAUGUUGCUUUCGUGACGGGAUCAUCUCUUGUGCUUUACAGCGAGGCCAGAGCACAUAGACAGACUCCCGAGGGCAUUGAGAUGGUCCCAGGGGUGGACUCCGAGGAAAUGGUAGCAAUUCGCCGAGUGCUUUGGAGUGGGAAGAUGUAUUGGCGAGCAGUGGCACGACUGUCCGACAAGCUGGAUGCAGCAAUUGCAACGUAUCAUGCUUUGGGAAGCACUAUGGAGACUUCUCAUCGAGCCUCACCAAGUUCGGAAGAUGAAAGAUCUCGCGGACCGAACCUACACCGUGCUUAUACCUCACUUUUAAGAACCAGCUAUGUCCCUGAGCAUACACAGCGGGAGGAUCGAGAAAUGGAACAUGAUGACACAACCGCUAUGCUCGAGGCACCACCCACAACUACACACAGUGUUUCCGUAGGCGAGGGACUUGAUUCAAGUACAACAGCUGGCCAUGAUACUUACGACCGAGGUUUCCAGACUGAUUUGGAUGGCCUUCCGGUGGAUAGCUGGCUAACAGAUGGAUUUUGGUUGAACUCGAAUGCAAUUGAUUUGAGUCUGGAUGGGGAUUCAUACCGGAACGAUUUUAAUGGCCGAGAUACCUUCUGGUUGUAA